AUGCCUGGCUCCAUCGUUAAAGUGGCGCUAGGUGAGCGCGUCAGAUCGGUUGGCGUUUACAUUAAAAGCGGCGGUAACACGCGCAUGCGUCCCAAAUCUAGAUCAGAGUGGCAGCGGAAACUCUGCAAGGUGCUUGUUGACGUUUGUCUUCUAAACGGAAGUUCCAAGGUGAAUCCAUCAGCUAUAAAGGAAACAACCAACCAUCUAUCAUAUCUGCAGCUGGAGGUACAUGGCAAUCGCACCUUCGUGGGAAACACUUUACAGUGGCGUGAGAUUGGAUUUGUGAUCGAAAUAAAAGGACGCGAAAAUGAACUAGUUAAAAAGUACUUCGCAAUUAAUCUGCAUUCUCAACGGUUUCGCAGAUCUUCGUGUAGCAAAUUUUGUACAGGAUCAGUUUCUGGUGAAAGCAGUAAUUUCCCUGACUAUGACCAACACAGGUGCUGUGGCGAUUGCUGGAGUGGAUGCGGUCCGGUGGCCUGGGCUCAGGUGUUUGGGUACUACGAUAGACUAGCACACAGGUUUUACUCAUCCAAGUUUAGUUCAUCGCUAUUUAAAGAUCGAUACAUCAUGGCCCCAUUAAAGAUGACAUAUGCAGUUCAGCGCUUCGUGGAGGACAUUCGAUUACAGGUCGAAACAUACUGUACAAGUACAGGAGAGGGUUCCACCUACACAAAAAAAAUGCAUUUGAUCGCCCCAUGGUUUCGCGCGCGACAAGGUUACAGAUCUCGAGUCGUCAGCUAUCUCGAAAGACGCAAAAAGAGGAGUGUCGGCGGUGCAAGAAGGGAGUAUGGAAGCAGGUCCUGGAUUCAGUCCAAAGGUGUUGAAUGGCUCAAAAAGGACUAUCCGGUAGUCUUUAGCUUUCCCGUGGAAGAUGGCGGACAUUCGGCUGUCGCAACGAAAUACCGGGAAAAGGUUAGAAGUUAUCGUCAUUGCACCAGCAGGCAAACUGGAUGGUGGUGGUGGAAGAAAACCAAAUCAGCGUGCUCUUGGAGAAGAGCCUACAACUACGAGUUCUAUCUACAUUAUGGCUGGGGAGGUAGCAACAAUGGAUGGCGCACAAUUAAUCCCUGGGGUGCCCAUGUUGCCUAUCUAGACUAA